UCACUUUCUUUCCCCGAGACUGCAACAAUGCUCUGCUCCACGAUCCUCGUUCUCGCCGCAUCUGCCACCUCUGCCUACUCGCUCGUCCACGGUGUAGACAACUCAGCUCCAGUCGACGGAGGGACUUACUCAAAAGCUAUCGGCGACGGAUUCACACACCUCGUCAUUCGUGGAUACGAGGACGCAUGCAGUUCCGGUGGACAAGUGGACCCCUACUUUGUUCCGUCAUACCACAAUGCCAGGGCAGUGGGGUAUACGGAGAUUGAUACGUAUUGGUUCCCUUGCACAGGGACCGGCAACCCUUGCAAGAGUUAUACUGACCAGCUUGCUGAGCUCGGCGCGAUGUUGUAUUCGAACGGGACGGAUGUAGGUAGGAUCUGGCUUUACAUUGAGAACGACCCGUCCUGCGGCACUUGGAACUACGGUGCCGAUGGUAACCUUCAGCAAGCUCAGGCGAUGGUUGCAGCUCUCAGGGAUGGAGGCUACUACUUUGGGAUCUACAGUUCUCCGGGUGAAUGGGGGACCAUCUUCGGAUCUCAGGGCGUCGUCUUGGAUUCCUCCAUUCCCCUUUGGUUCGCUACGUAUGAUAAUGAUGACUCAUCCUUGACUCUCAGUUCACCGUUCGGAGGGUGGACAACUGCGGAAGGUAAACAGUACAGUGAUCACUCUGCCUCGGGGGUGUUCAAUCUUGAUAUCUUUGCGAACUGAGGUAGAAAUGGGAUAAUUAGAUUUCGUUCCAGGAAGUCCGUACUUUUUCGAUUCAAAAUUGCCUGUUUCUCGGAAGAUUCUCUAUGUCCUCCUUCAAUAAUCAUCAUUUUUACUGUACAGUAUUAUGGGGACAGAGGUAAUGAUGAGUCUUUAGAGGGGU